AAUGGUAUCACGAGUAACUUCUUCGAGGCCGCGGCUACUGCUUCGACGCUCGGGACGGAUUUCCAAAUAGCUAACCUUAUGAGCUAUAACAUCUCCGCGGAAGCUAGCGGUUCCACAACUCGUUAUCUGAGCGGUUGGAAUCAGCAUGAUUACUACUAUUACGUCGGCGUCUCGGGGUAUCCCGUAUCACUUGAACGACUCAUGGAGCUGCAGAAAACAGAAGACCAAUUCGAAGCCUGGGUUGAACAGGUCAAGCAAGCGCAGCAAACUGGGUAUCCGUAUGCGUUACGAGAGAUGGGAGUCGUCGGUCCCAUAGGCCUCGCAGGGGUGACUGAUGUUUUUGGAACUGCCCUCUGGGCCUUGAAUUUCCUGCUGUACGCCUCUAGCUUUGGGAUCGCCUCAGUAGGACUACAUAUGACAGGCAACUCUAAUGCAAGUGCAUGGUUGCCGAUCCCUAUGUAUGGGCAACAACCACACGUCCGACCGCUAUACUACGGCAUAGCGGCAUUCGACCAAGUCAUCGGCCGCUUAUGCGCGGCACGAGUCUCCCAGUACCAGAUUCCUCUGUAUCCUCCAUCGUACGAUGGAUUCUUGCGGGCAUACGCCAUAUACCAACAAGAGCAACUGGCAUCUAUUGUCGUCGUCAACGGCAAGAUGGUCAACAGCUCGCAGGAUCACAAGGAUGGUAUUGCCGUGCAAUUGCAGUUACCACCUUCCACAGCGGGUCAGACCGUUUAUCUAUCGUACCUAACAAGCCCAGGGGCAGAAUCAACCGAGAAUACUACGUGGAACGGAAUCAGCUUCGAGCAGAAUGGGGACGGCACUCCUACACAAGUCUCAGACGACGAGCAUACGGUUGAUGUAGACGCUAAUGGCAUAGCUAACUUUAUGCUACGAGACUCAGAAGCUGUAGCCGCAAGUAUCGGCGGGAAGUUAAGCGGUGGUAUAGGAAAGCAAGAGUCAUCCAAAGCGGCUACCUGCUUGACAAUGCCCGGGAAAUCGCCAGGGGUCGGGAGUCCGGUCAGACCCACAUCUUCCGCCGGCACUAAUAGCGAAAACGACGACUCUAAAAAGUCUGGGACUACAAAGACUUAUACACUAACGAAACUCACGUCCGUAGGUCUCCUCCCGAUGAAUUUUUGGCUAAUCAUUAUAACUUUGAUGUUAUAAUUUAGUCUUGUCUAUUAUGCAUAUGAAUAGUGAACCAAUGGAGGAUGUUUUCGAUUUAUUCUAAAAUGAAAUUGCUAAAAGAAGGCUCAUCCCGUUAGUCCCGGCAAGGCAACACCAAGUAAACGGUCUCGUAUUAUAUACAUGCUAAUCAUAAAGCCCCUAUUAAUACCCUCCCAUAGCUCAAGCUUGUUGAAUAGGUGACCUUUGGU